GGCGUGCUUCCAUUUUCUACAGCAGCAACUAACAAAGAUGGUCGAAACUUGACCCUUUCCGAGGUGCAUUGUAGUGUGCUAGCAAGGGAAUAGAUUUUAUUCCUUGCACUUUCAUUUCGCAGAGCGGGAUAUGACACUUCUGCCCUAAGUCAGUCCAGCCCAUAGCCAACAUUUCGGAGAAGAGAUAUCCGCCGUUGAACAUUAACCCUCAUUGAAUUGGAAUGUCGGCUCGACAAGUUCUUCAAAGACUCCUAAUCAGCAGUGCGAAACCCUGAAAUGAAAGCGGCUUGCGUCCAAUGUCGAGUCCGUAAGGUCCGAUGUGACGGCACAGUUCCUCGAUGCCGUACCUGUGAACGACUCAACUUUCAGUGUUCCUUUGAACAGGACGGUUCCACUGGUCAGUCUGCGCCUCGUAUACCGCCAAAAUGUCGUGGUGCGAAAGCCUGUCAGGAAUGUCGGGCAAUGAAGGUCCGAUGUUCUGGCGAUGUUCCGAAAUGUACCAAUUGUACGAGGCGAAAUAGACCGUGCACAUAUGUCUCAAAAGCUGGGUCAUCAACGACUGAAGCUUCGUCGUCUCGAGAUGACUCGGUGUCUGUGACAGCAUCUCAAGCUGCUAUCUCACCCAGAAAACAACGACCAAGUAUCGCUUCAAGCUCCCAAUCAAUCCCAUUUGACUCAAUCGAAGAAGUUCCGCCUUUCAUUCCCGACGAGGCGAUAAUAUCGCUCGUCAAUCAGUACUUCGAGCGGCUCUAUCCCCUUUCUGCUUUCUGCUUCCUCCACCAAGCCACAGUCAUCCAAAGAUGUCACGACAAGACCAUCGAUAGAGCGCUUCAGUUAGCUAUUUGCUCUAUCACGGCCAUCUACUUUGACCAGUGUCAAGGCGAGCGCGAUGCAUGGGCUGGAGAAGCUGAGCAGCUCAUACUCGACCGGCUCGAACAACCUUCCAUUUUCAAGAUACAGGCAUCUCUCCUCCUAAUACGGUACAGAGCUGCUGUGGGACAGUUCCCCAGGGCUUUCAUAAUGGCUGGACUUGCAGCUAGAUGGGCUGCAGCGAUACGCCUCAACUACGAACACUCCAAGUUAAGUCCCGUCGCUCAAGAAGUUCGCAGACGAACAUUUUGGUCUCUGUCAUUGCUUGAAGAUAGCUUUUGCGUUGGUCUGAAAGAGUUCGAACUUUUCGACGCCGACACGAUCUAUCUACAACUCCCCUGCGAAGACGCCGACUUUCAGCAAGAACGACACGUCCCUACUGGAUACUUACAGCCUGGAAAGGGGCUCGAGCCAGAGGUCCUGAGAACACGAGCUGCGUUUGUGCGAGUGGCUUUCAUUCGAAGAGCGAUUGUAAGACUCAAUCGACGAAUAAACGUGAAAGAGGUCAAUCUCCCCGAACUCCUUUCGUCGAUGGAAAAGUUUCAGAACGAUCUUCUCCGCUUAAGGACCAGACUUGCUCCUUGUGAUCAAUACCCACCCUCAUAUGCACAAGACGUUCAUUUAUCACCACAAUACUUUGUAAUGGUAAGCAUCAUUACAUGA